AUGUUACUCUGGGGGGCGUGCCUGGUGGGCCUGCAGCUUUCCCUCUCCUGCUGCUGGGCUUUCAGCUGCCACAACACCACAUCCUCCCCCGACUUCAGCCUCCCUGGGGAUUACCUGCUUGCAGGCUUGUUUCCUCUCCACAGGGACCCCCUAGGGGAGAGACACAGACCCACAGUGACCUUCUGUGACAGGCCCAACACCUUCAACGGCCACGGCUACCACCUCUUCCAGGCCAUGCGGUUCGGCAUCGAGGAGAUAAACAACUCCACCACCCUGCUGCCCAAUGUCACCCUGGGGUACAAGCUGUUCGAUGUGUGCUCAGAAUCAGCCAACAUGUAUGCCACGCUGAGUGUACUGAGCACGCCGGGGACACGUUACGCGGAGAUCCAAGGAGACCCUGCCCACCACUCCUCCGAGAUCCUGGCAGUGAUCGGGCCCGACACCACCAACCACGCCGCCACUACUGCAGCCCUGCUGAGCCCCUUCCUGAUGCCCCUGGUCAGCUAUGCCGCCAGCAGCAUGGCGCUCAGCGUGAAGCGGCUCUACCCUUCGUUUCUGCGCACCAUCCCCAGUGACGAGUACCAGGUGGAGGUCUUGGUGCUGCUGCUGCGGAGGUUCGGGUGGGCCUGGAUCUCUGUGGUGGGCAGCGAAGGUGACUACGGGCAGCUGGGGGCGCAGGCGCUGGAGGAGCAGGCCACCCGGCAGGGCAUCUGUGUUGCCUUCAAGGACAUCAUGCCCUUCUCUGCCCGGCCGGGCGACGAGAGGAUGCAGAGCGUGAUGCGUGGCCUGGCCCACGCAGGCACCACGGUCGUGGUCCUCUUCUCCAGCAGGCCGCUGGCCAGGGUGUUCUUUGAGUCUGUGGUGCUGGCCAGGCUGACUGCCAAGGUAUGGAUCGCUUCGGAAGCCUGGGCCACCUCCACACACAUCAGCAGCGUGCCUGGGAUCUGUGGCGUGGGCACAGUGCUGGGAGUGGCCAUCCGGCAGAGGGAGGUCCCUGGCCUGAAGGAGUUUGAAGAGGCCUAUGUCCGGGCAGACAAAGGAGCCCUUAGGCCUUGCCCCCAGAGCUCCUGGUGCAGCGGCAACCAGCUCUGCAGCGACUGCUGGGCUUUCACGGCCCAGGACAUGCCCAGGCUCGGAUCCUUCUCUGUGAGCUCCGCCUACAACGUGUACCAGGCUGUCUACGCCUUGGCCCACGGCCUCCACCAGCUCCUGGGCUGUGCCUCUGGAGUCUGUUCUGGGGGCCGGGUCUACCCCUGGCAGCUUCUGGAGCAGGUCCACAAGGUGAAUUUCCUUUUGCAUGAGGACAAUGUGAUGUUUAAUGACAAUGGCGACCCCUUCAGCAGCUACAACAUAAUUGCCUGGGACUGGAGUGGCCCCAACUGGACCUUCAGGGUCAUUGGCUCCUCCUCGUCGUCUCCAGUUUGGCUAGACAUAAAUACGACCCAAAUCCCGUGGCACGGAAAGGACAAUCAGGUGCCUCGGUCUGUGUGUUCCAGCGACUGCCCUGAAGGGCACCAGAGAGUGAUUGUAGGUUUCCACCACUGCUGCUUCGAGUGUGUGCCCUGUGAAGCUGGGACCUUCCUCAACAAGAGCGACCCCUACAGCUGCCGGCCUUGUAGGAAAGAAGAGUGGGCACCUGAGGGGAGCCAGACCUGCUUCCCACGCACUGUGGUGUUUCUGACUUGGCACGAGCCCGUCUCCAGGGUGCUGCUGGCGGCGAACACGCUACUGCUGCUGCUGCUGGCUGGCACUGCUGGCCUGUUUGUCCGGCACCUCGACACCCCCGUGGUGAGGUCGGCUGGGGGCCGACUCUGCUUCCUCAUGCUGGGCUCCCUGGCCGGGGGCAGCUGUGGCCUCUACGGCUUCUUUGGGGAGCCCACACUGCCCACGUGCUUGCUGCGCCAAGGCCUCUUUGUCCUCGGUUUUGCCGUCUUCCUGUCCUGCCUGACGAUCCGCUCCUUCCAACUUGUCUUCAUCUUCAAGUUCUCUGCCAAGGGACCCACCUUCUUCCGUGCGUGGGUGCACAACCAGGGCGCCGGCCUGUUUGUGGCGGUCAGCUCCACAACCCAGCUGCUGCUCUGUCUGCUGUGGCUCGCAGUGUGGACCCCCCUGCCCACCAGGGAGUACCGGCACUUACCUCAGCUGGUGCUGCUGGAAUGCACAGGGGCUAGCUCGCUGGGCUUCGUGCUGGCCUUCUCCUACAACGGGCUCCUCGCUGUCAGCACCUUCGCCUGCAGCUACCUGGGCAAGGACCUGCCGGAGAACUACAACGAGACCAAAUGUGUCACCUUCAGCCUGCUCCUCAGCUUCGUGUCCUGGAUCAUCUUCUUCACCAUGGCCAGCGUCUACCAGGGCAAGUAUCUGCCCGCGGUCAAAGUGCUGGCCAUGCUGAGCAGCCUCAGCGGCGGCUUCAGCGGCUAUUUCCUCCCCAAGUGCUACGUGAUCCUGUGCCGCCCGGAUCUCAACAGCGCCGAGCACUUCCAGGCCUCCAUCCAGGAGUACACCAGGCGCUGGGGCUCCAGCUGACCGCCGGGGCGGGCUGGACUGGACGUCUCCACUGCUCCGAGGGUCGGGGGCGGAACGGGGCGCCCAGGACCUAGGGUGUCCGGGAGGCCUCUGGGCUCCUCAGCCUUGGCUCGGGAGAGCGCAGUCCGGGCUGCGCCGGCUGCCAAUAAAGCGGUGAAAUGUGCGUCUCGGCUGCGCUUCCUCUCUCGGGCGAAGGUGGGGCGCUGCCUCUUCAAGCCUGAGGGCGCUGCGCCGCGGGUCUAAUCGCAGCCGGAACCUCGGGACUCGGA